AUGAUUAUAUACAAAAUCAACUUCAUCAAAAAAUAAAUUUCAAGUCAAUGAGACGGUUGUUCGAAGCGAAAGAAUACACGCAAUUCAAGUAACAAAAUGGCGCUUUUCGAAACGUAAAGUAUCGACUGACAAAUCAGAAGAGAGAAAUUCACAGUUUAAUACAAAUCAUUUUCAACAAAAUAACAAACGCGACCUUGUCACAAGUAACAAUGAGGAGAGUUGUGCUGCUGGCAUGCAUGCUGUGCUGCACCGGAAUACUGGCAGUAACACGGCCACCAGGAGUCUACAUUCAGCCAAGAUAUGAUGUGUUCUUCAAAGCCGGGGAAACUGUGGAGAUGCCAUGUGUUGCCGAAGGCAUACCCAACCCCAGGUACACAUGGCAAAAGAAUGGAAUUGAUUUCAACCCUAGUGGUAAUGAUGACCGAUUGGUCCAGCUUACCAAUGUUGGAACCAUCGUCAUCAACAGACCAGAAGACAAAGAUGAGGGGAUUUUCCAGUGUUUUGCUGAGAAUGAUUAUGGCAAGUCAGCAACCAUAAACAUCAACCUGCGUGAAGCAAAGCUGAAAGAGUUUGAUGUGGAAGCAGACGUGACAUUCUCACCAUAUUUGGGGGAAUCUCAGACCUUGAACUGCGUGGCCCCAGAGAGUAUUCCCCCUCCGGAGGUGUACUGGGUCAUCAAGGAGCAGUAUGGCGGCUUAACACCCAUCAACUUCGAUGCCAGAGUCACCAUGGAUCAUGAGUCUCGUCUGCGUAUCACCAAUAUCAAGGCUGUUGACAGUCAAGAUGGAAAAGCCUAUGCCUGUAUGGCCAUGAAUAGAAUUGUGCGUAAAACCACGCAGGGAGCGCACCAGUUUAUUAUACCACGGGGAUCUUCAGAAGUUCAGAGACCAGUCACCUACAUGUGGGCUUCCCCGACUGACCAUUUCGGACUACGUGGGGAUGAAUUCAGGAUCAAGUGUAUAUUUGCUGGAAAUCCCACACCAGACGUGCACUGGGUGCGCCCUGAUGGCAAACCUUUGCCCGACUACGCCAAGCAGAGUAGCUUUGGGCAGGAACUUGUGUUUUCAAGGUUGGAGUUUUCUGAUGGAGGAGAAUACGUGUGUUGGGCAACGAAUGCUCUGUCCCCUCAGAGAGUUCAGAGAACCAUCACCGUGAGAGUGGAGUCCCGUCCCUACUGGAUUGAGAAACCCAGAGAUGUGGUGUUGGGUAUUGGAGAGACUGCUCGCUUCAAGUGCCUGGCCGAUGGAAUGCCAAAGCCUUCACUGAAUUGGUACAUCAACACUGUACGCCUGGGAGAUGCCAACAUGGAUAAGCGGUUCAAGAGAAUCGCGUUUGAUGAGGUUAUGUUGGUGAAUGUCACCAAGGAAGAUGCCAUGGUGAUCCAGUGUAACGUCACCAACAAAUACGGCUACAUCUGGGGAGACGUCUACCUCAACGUACUGUGUAAGUACCUGCUAGGUUUCAUACCUCCUGUUUAGAUUCCGGGUUAGAAGUGGCUCACAACAGCCUAUGUAGUUAUAAGAAGUGACUUGGAUGAAUUGGGUGGUCAGGUGUGUUGGCUGAUCGUGUGUCAUUGUACCCUGAUGGAAGGGAUCAUUGCUCAUAAUAUCAACCACUGGAUUGUCUUGCAAAGACUUGAUUAUUUACAGGCUGAUGUCAUAUAACUGAAGUAACUGAGUGCGGGAUUAAUCAACAAACAAAACUCAAGUUUUCUCCACACAUUGUCUAGUCUGAUAACGAUUCAUGUUAUGUUUUAUCACAUGCCCAAUGUAUAUUCUUUUUUUACUUCAAUUUCAUUUCCUUACCAUCAUUAUCAUACUCAUCGACAUUCCUCGGGUUUAUAUUAUGUUUUAUUUUGAAGUUCAUAGUUAGUUUAUCAUGUUUUUGUAACACUUGCAAAUACCGAAUUAUCUUGUUUAUUUACACUUUUUGUCCACUUAUAUUUCAUAUAGAACUGACCGAAAUAUACCUAAAUACAUGUACACUGCAUAGUUGUUUGUAAGCUGCUUGAUUAGUAAUUAGUAGCUUGAGUUAUGUCAAUUUAUGGUUUUACAGUCUAGACCUGCUAAGAUGUUGAUCUUCAGCCCAAGGAAUGCUGCAAUUUUUUUCAGUUGCAAUUCCUAAUUUUGAAUUUUAAAAAUAUCAACCUCUGUGCUAUUCAACUACUUUAAGGCACUUUAAUGAUGACUUGUAUUUCACUGAUGACAGGGUCGACAAAGACGAAGUGGCUUUCAUGAUUAGUGUUACGUUUUUGAAUUUCAUUAUUAUCGUCAUCGUUGAGUUUCGGAAAUAUUUCACCUUAUCCUGCAUUACAUAUUGCAUUACCUUGUGUUUCAUGCGAUAGUGUUGGAUGCUUUAAAACUGAUCCUAUGACACACUUUGCAUUUCUCCCUUCUCAUUCUCUUUCUUAUGGCUCUAGAGUGGAGACGUAUUUUUCUGGAAGAGAAAAAAACGUAUUCCCCCAAUAUUUCAGAGUUUUAGAACUUAUUCUAUCUCACGCUAUGUAUUUCAUCCUUCUUCUUCGAUCCGGGUGUGGAAACGAUCCCAAACCAGUUUACAGCUUCAAAAAGCACUGCACCCAAACACGUCCCAGCCAUCACGUGCCGCUAACAAUGGACUGUGCACGCUCUGAUUCCCGCGCAACUUGAUCACACGACCUCCCAGGCUUGCUUAUUCUCUUUUUUUAUCGCCUUGGUGUGGAGACGUUUUUGGAUUUGAAGAGAAUUAUUUUUGGUGUGUGCUCUGUAAAAAGUCGGCCAAUCUUGAUUGUAUUAAGCGUACACCGGAUGGACGUUCGCCUGAGCGAUUGGUGGAUGCAGAAGAGUUGAAAGGGAUUGAUAUUCUCUUCCAUGUGCGACGGAAAUGGACAGUCUACUGUAUGAACGCGUUCUCGUCCAUGUUCGUCAGAGGACUGUAGCCGAUAUAGCCGAUAUCGGGAUCAACGUUCCAUCCUUCUACAUUCAUUGGAGUAUAUUGAACGACACCCUUUUCCAAGGGAUCAACAUACACCUCCAGGGGAUCAACAUCACCACUCUACGAUCGACAGAUUUACAUUUAAACACCUCUUCAAGGAAUAAACAUACCAUUCCUAGGGAUCGCCAUCCCCUCUACCAGUCAGACGAUCGCAGGCACAGCCAGGAUCGAUAUCAACAUACCCUUUCAUGGGAUUGACAUACCUCUUUACGUGAUCGAUAUGCCACUCUCCCAUGGCUAUAGGAUCACUGGUGCUGUCAGGGUUGAGAUCCACAUACCCCUCCCGGUAGGAUUGACAUGCCACUCUCCCAUGGCCAUAGGAUCACUGGUGCUGUCAGGGUUGAGAUCCACAUACCCAUCCCGGUAGGAUCGACAUCAAAUGCCUGUAAAGGGAUCGUCGAUCAACUUCUGAGGAUCAUCGUCACAACAAUAGCCAGGAACAGGAUCGACAUUAUUCGUUCUAGAGAGAACAUUCUGAUCAGAGGGAUCAAUCAGGAUCUAUUUCCUCCUUUAUUAUACAUCACCGUAUACAAUCAUCUAUGUUAUAUACAAAUGACCGCUGCGCUAGAGCAACAUGGUUUACAUGUGGUCAAUUCUCCCCUUCCACGUCGUGCAACUACUGGAGUAACAUCAUUUUUCCAAGGAUUCGAUUCUUCAUCACUUCUGCGAACAACGAUCUCCGAUGAAGUGGCAACUACACCCUGUAAGGUCUUCUGGCCCAUAUAACAUACAACACAGAGGUACGAACACAAGACGUUUACUUGACAAAGACAAUAACGAGACUGGUUACAAUCGAAAUCGGAUCACGCGUCAUAGUCCAUGAUUCCACGUGCAGCCACACACUACUGUUGGGGACCGUUGCGUUCUGGCGAAGCUGUCCAGUACCGGGAACAACCUCACAUUCCUCCCCUCUCAAGAAAGGUCUGGCACGACUUGAUCAACACUUACGACGACUGUUUCUCUCGAUGAACGAUCUGAUGACUUGACUUGCAGGAACUCACCAUAACACUUGGAUAUCACAAAUCCACACUUGAAAUGCUGUUUCUUGAACUUAUGUCCUCCCAAUAUUUUCACAGCAACACGAUCACCAACAUUAAACAUCCUUGAAACUCUUUCAGAUGUCUGUUCUUGACGAUGUAAUUUAGCUAAUGUAUGAGAUUCGACACACUUAUCCCAUAACUCUACACAGCCAUCCAUUUCCUCCCCCACAGAAGAAAAAUCGUCUGACACUAACUGGUGAAUCAAACUGUUACGACCAAACAUAACAAAAUACGGAGCAAAACCAGUGGUGCGAUUUAUCAACAAAUUAUGUGCUAAUACAAUUUCUGGCAAAACUCUGUCCCAUGUUUUCUCACACUCUGCUGUCUUCACUAACGAAGUUUUUAAUGUUCUGUGAGCUCUUUCGACUGGAUUAGCUUGUGGUCUAGCAACUGGAGUAUAACUACAUCUAAUUCCCCAAUUGGAAGUAAACAUACUGAACUCUUUGGAUGUAAAGACAGUGCCAUUAUCCGUAUGUAAAACCCUUGGCGGACCAAAUAUGGAAAACAGACGUUCCAACACUGUUGCAGCACUAGAUGACGUCGCCGUACGAACUGGAAAGGCGAAAAACAUCCUACUCAGAUCAUCUAAACAUGUAAACACAUACACAUAACCACAAGACGAACGUGGAAGUGGGCCUACAAAAUCGCAAUGAAGAACCUCCCAAGGACGCGAAGCAGUAACUGUAACACCUAAAGGAGAUCUAGGUAUAGCAUGUGGACCCUCUAUACACACAGUACAUUUCUCCACUAUUUCAGCUACCUCGCGUUGAGUAAUUGAAGAAUUAACUUUCUGUGCUAAUUGCCAUGUUCUUUUUACACCAAAGUGACCCAAUUCAUGAGCUUUCCGAAUAAUAGCACGUCGUUUAUCUUGACCUCUAGUCACAGCAAAUACAGGCAAUUCACUUCCAUCUUCAACAGGCAUACGACUCAAAACAUCACUUAGAAUGUUUUCAUUCCCUGGAAUAUGAUCAAUGUCAAAUGAGUAUUCAGAAAGUUCUAAACUCCAUCUGGCGAAUUUCUCAGAUUUUGAUGUCAAAAUGUAUGUCAGUGGCUUAUGAUCAGUUCUCAACCGAAAAAUCUUCCCGAACACAUAGGGUCGAAAUUUUCUAACAGCCCAAAUUAUCGCCAGUGCUUCUCGGUGGAUAGUGGAAUAAUUUCGUUCAGUUUUUGAAAGUUUCUUUGAAGCAUAACUGAUGGGAUGGCCAUCUUGUAAAAGUACUCCCGCUAAACCUGUCUUACUUGCAUCAGUUUGUAUAACGAAUUGUGACGCCUCUGCACUGAAAUCAGGAUGUUUCAAAACAGGGUUAGACGUCAAGAUCAACUUGAGCCUUUCAAAAGAUUCCUGAUGUGGCGACUGCCAACAGUAGACACGCUUUUCAACAAUACGACUGAGAGGCAUAAUAAGAUCUGAAAAAUUUGGAAUAAACCUCUGAAAGUACGUUGCAAGACCUACCAACGAACGAACCUCUUCCCACGAAGUCAGAACCGGAAACUGCAUGAUUGCUUCUAAACCUUUCUUACCCGGACUAACACCUGAAGCAGAAAUCUCAUAACCAAGAUAUUGGACACUUUCCAUGAAGAAGAAACAUUUGUCUCUGAACUCCCUAGCAGCAGUUUGAGUACGCUCUUUGGCCUUAUCAAGUUCUUUAAUCAAAACAUUUUUCAGAAUUGCAUAAUCAGCUUUGUUAUCAUCAGGGAUAUCGUUAAAUACCCGUGAGCAAAACCCUGCAGGAAGUACUAAAGCUAAACCACGUAACUUCUUCUCAGAGUUCCAAUUAAGACCCCAAGCUUUUACUUCAUACACAUUUUCAAUAAAGUUCGCAAAAGUUGACUGUUUUGGAUCAAACAAAGGAAUUCGGAAGUGCUUGAUAUCACCAGAAUGUUCUUGAUGUGUACCACCUUCGGCCAUGAUGAAUGGAUUAGUAUUCUUGCUCAAAUGUUCAAAGUCAAUCACAAAGUAGACGAAAACGUUCAACCACAAGGUCAAAAUGGCAAAAUGGAACAAACUCACGUUACAGUUCGAUGAAGAGAACAUUCCUUGAAUUUCUCCUUAAAGUAGCACUUUCUUCAAAGUUCUUUCAUGAGUUCACACUUCAACACCGCUGCCACCAUUGUAAGGUCUUCUGGCCCAUAUAACAUACAACACAGAGGUACGAACACAAGACGUUUACUUGACAAAGACAAUAACGAGACUGGUUACAAUCGAAAUCGGAUCACGCGUCAUAGUCCAUGAUUCCACGUGCAGCCACACACUACUGUUGGGGACCGUUGCGUUCUGGCGAAGCUGUCCAGUACCGGGAACAACCUCACAACCCGGAGACUUUCACUGGAUUUGCCAACUCCACCAAACCGCAGAAGUUGAUCUGUCCGAAAUCCGAUUCCACAAACCGUUGCCGACAUGGUACCCACAGGCAUGGGAUCACGAUGCGCUAGCCAUCACGUGGGAAAGUCAUAACACAUACAUGUGUGGUAGAUAGUAGUUCUGUAUAUAUUAAUCAUGUUUUAUUAAUUAGCUUUUGAUUUACUAUGUAUGUUGUCAAUAAUGGUAUUUUGUAUAUUUCAGAUAUUGCAGUAAUCAAGAAUUAUUUAUUGUAUUUCUCAUUACAGGCUGCAUACUUAAGUAGUUGUAAGUCAAGUAUUAUCAUUAAAGCCCUAUUCUAAUGUCAUGUUUUACUUAGUGGGUCAGUCAACUGCUUGGUGGUCAAUCAGAGUGUAAGCCCAGGCGUCCUCUGGAUUGGCUAGUUUUAAAUCUCUGUGUCCCACUUUCAAACCCCUUUGUUUUCACCCUGCACUUGGCAUUAAUACUUCACUGUGCACUGGACUGGAAGAAAGGAUAUACUUAUAUAAAGGUUAGUAGUUAAAAGUUAUAAUUGUAUUUUAUGCCAGUAUAAUUAUGCAAAUCACUAAAGUUUAAUAAAUGUCUUUAUAGAUCCUUAAUUAUAUUUAAACAUGUCACAUUUACUAGUAUUAGUGUGUGCAUGGUGAGUGUAUGUAUACUAGAUAUAUUUCAUUUCACUAUAUGUGUGUCUGUGUUAAUCUAGGACAUUUGUGUAUUCUGUAACUUGUAUUGUGUAUUAAUAAUUUGAUAAUAGUUUACAUGUAAGGUUCAUGUGUGUAGAU